UUUGACUAACGGCGUUUCCUCCAUUUUUAUUAUUAACCUUCUGAAAAUUAACAUUUAUCGUUAUUUUCUGUCAGUGUUUUAAAGAAGCGAAUUUAUUUCGGUUGUAGGAAGGGAGAAGGAAGGCGAAGUGAUGCUGUACGGCUUUCAACGGUCAAAACAUCUGUGAUAUGACGGCUGUAUAACAGCUGAAUGAAUACAACGGCACCUAUUACCUGUCAUUAGGUAAUGACCAAACUAGCCAGAUUUUUACACACCAGGCCUGUUAAAAACACCCUUUGGAAAUAAUAGGCUGCCGUGUUACUGUAUAAAGACAGUGUCUCUUCAUAAAGCAAGCUGGCACAGAUGUGAUCCUGCAAUUUACAAUCACACACCAAAACAUAAUUAACACUUUAGGACGCACACACUCAGCCGUUAAGCCUCUCUCUCACACACACACACACACACACACACACACACAAUGGCACAGGAAAACUCCACUCCCUCUUCUCGUCCAGAGUCCCUCUCCCUGCCCGUCCCAGAGAAAGGAGAGAGUCCCGCCGAGGAUGCCAGCAAAGAUGCCCCAUCCACUGGCGUGUUUAACGUUUCGGAAGAACUCGGGAACGUGGUAACCACCGAGACAUUAUUGCCUCCACAACCCACGACAAAUCACAGCAAGUCAUUCCAGGACAAGAUGGCCGCCCGGGAGGCACAAGCCAAUCAGCACCGCAAGAAGCUGCAGGGGGCGGUGCAGGAGCGGGGAAGGUUCGGCUGGGUACGCAGUAAGCGCAAGAGGCAGCGGUAUGUAGAGAAGAACGGCCGCUGUAACGUGCAGCAUGGUAACAUGCGCGAAACCUACCGUUACCUGACAGACAUCUUCACCACGCUGGUGGAUCUCAACUGGCGCUGUUCGCUCUUCGUUUUCGUCAUGGCCUAUGCCGUCACCUGGCUCUUUUUCGGAGCAAUAUGGUACCUUAUCGCGUACUGCAGGGGAGAUCUGGAUCAUUUGGGCGAUGAGACAUGGACCCCGUGCGUGAAUAACGUUAACGGAUUCAUCUCUGCUUUCCUCUUCUCCAUCGAGACAGAGACCACUAUCGGUUAUGGCCAUCGUGUCAUCACUGACCAAUGUCCCGUAGGCACUAUGCUUCUGUUGCUGCAGGCUAUACUGGGCUCUAUGGUCAAUGCUUUUAUGGUUGGCUGCAUGUUUGUGAAGAUCUCCCAGCCAAACAAGCGAGCAGAGACGCUGGUGUUCUCCAAAAACGCAGUAAUCUCUCUGCGGGAUGAUAAGCUGUGUCUCAUGUUCAGAGUCGGCGACCUGAGAUCCUCGCAUAUUGUGGGAGCCAACAUGAGAGCAAAGCUCAUCAAGUCCAAACAGACACUGGAGGGUGAGUUUAUUCCUCUUGAUCAGACAGACAUCAGUGUGGGUUUCGAGACCGGGGACGAUCGUCUGUUCCUGGUGUCGCCGCUGGUCAUCUCUCACGAGAUCGACUCCCACUCACCGUUCUGGGACAUGUCUCAUUCCCAGCUGGAGAAGGAAGACUUCGAGAUUGUCGUAAUCCUGGAGGGCAUGGUGGAGGCUACAGGUAUGACAUGUCAGGCACGGAGUUCCUAUUUAGCAGAAGAGUUGUUGUGGGGUCACAGGUUUAGCCCGAUGAUGUCAUUGGCUGAGGGAUUCUUCGAUGUGGACUACGGUGCCUUCCAUCACACCUUUGAGGUGGACACACCAUCUUGCUCUGCACGAGAGCUCGCGUUGGCUGCUGCUCGACUGGAAUCUCACCUUUACUGGUCAAUUUCCAGCCGGCUUGAUGAAGAAAAAUGGGAAGGGCCCGAUCUCACAGAUCAAUCAGGAAAACCCACCGAUUCGGAAUCCGAUGGAAAAGAUGGAAGCGCGCCGACGUUUAUCGGCGGGGAAGUUACAGAUACCCAGGACCAGUCGGUUGUAGGGGAACAGAAUGGCAGUAUCACCACAGACCAAUCAGAAUCUGAGGCCUAAGCGUAAGCACGUAUGAAUAAAGGUAUUUUAGGUGUA